CAACAAAACACUACCUAAGGUUGCUCUUUUUGGUUGGACCACUAAUGAGCCAGUGUUCAUUCGGUGCACCUUGGCUGCUGAUGACGAGACCCAUGAACACCCACAUCUUCUGGUCAGGAAGUUGAAGAAAAAUGAGGAGGUCCAUACUGUCGUGACUCUCGACAGGACUUUUCCCCGAAGUUCUCACUUUGCGCAGAGCUGGAGACUUUCCCGGACUCGAACGUGCUUCUUAAUUAAUUAUUGACUUAACUUGGCGGCCUCAUGGAAAUUGGCUUUAAUUCUAAUUGGCCUUUAAUGCUUUUACUCUUUUAUCUUUGUGCUCUAACUAAAAAGGGUUAAUUGAUAUUUCAAGUAAACAAGUUAAUUAACAAUAACAAAUAAAGUGAUGGUUUAUUCUUAAAACUAAACAAUAAUUGGCCAAACUAAUGCGGAAUUACUAUUAGAUUUAAUAUUCUAAUGCUGAGUUUUAAAGUUCGGGCUGAAUUAGUGAACGGAUUAAGCUGAUUUAAAAGGAUAUUCAGUUCCGAAUUUAUCUAGCGUGGGCGCCAAGCAAUACCUUUUAAAGCGGGAAGGGAAACCAUUACAACCACACUCAGUCGAGUCCAGGAAGCGUCUGCUUGGGCACUCAGGUGGCGCCCUGAGCGCGGCGGUCGUAGUUCUCGGUGGUGGCGUGGCGCGCGGGGCGGGAACUUAAGGGUUGUGCUCAGCUUUGGUUAAUAUACUAAAUGGCCUUAACGCGCGCGGUUACAUAUAAUUAUAAGAUUUGUACAAUUAAAGUUCUUCUUCUGCAAUACAAUAAUUAAAGAUCCCUGUGGUUACACCACAGACUGCCUCCCGACAAAUCUGAGUCACGCCCUCGUGACUCGUAACUUCUUUGUCCUCCCUGGUCCUCGGCAGGGUCAGUCUGGGGCGCAAGGUUGACAGCAUUCGAACAAGCUGCGCAAGUGCUCUCGAGGGCCGAGGGCGUCCGAGACAAUGGGGUUGUUAUCGGGUCCCUCAGACAGGCUUGCGCUCCGCUGCAGGUUCUCAGGGUGGUGAGAAUUGGUUCUCAGCGGGCGCGUCAUCCAGGUUGCCCUCAAGUCAGCAACUCGGCAUCUGUGACCUGUGCUUUCUGUUCGGACAGAUUCAGACAAAUAUGUUUCGCAAACAGUGAACUUACAUUUUAAUUACAAUUUUCUUAAAUUUUAAUUUUUUUUCCUUAAUUGACAUAUUAUUAAUUUAUAAUUUCCACUUUUGGCAUUUUAAACAAAUUUUUCUCUAAAAUUAAUUUCUUAAAUUUCAAAUUUAAUUUAUCCGUAAAAUUAACAUGAUUUUUAACAUUUUAUUCCUAAGAAAAUUUGGCACGAAAUUGCUCACACUGGAUUAAAUAGCUAAAAAGCAGAAUGAAUGAAGGUGGUAAGCAACCCGCGUUACGUUUGUGCGAGCGUUUUCUUUCUUCCUCGUCUUCUUGCCUGCUCGCUCCUGCGGGAGGCGUGACGUCACGCACAGGGCAGCGAACAGCGGUGCGGUGGAGGGAGGAGGAAAGGUCCCAAAACAAAACAUAAACAAAUUGGCGAUGAGAGAACUGCACUCGUCGAUGCGCGGAUGCGGCGAUGAUUUUUCGACACGAUUUCGCUUGCCGACAGUGCCGACGAAUGUAGGAGGUGAGCUUGAACUAUUCGCACAUUUAAUUAUUCUAACAUUUUGACAACAAUUUUAAAACACAGCUUAGAUUUAAGUGUCGCGAUUUGUAAGCACUCUUUUCCCACAACGUAAACAAAAUUUCAAAACAAUUCUUAUUUUAAAUUCACUCAUAUUUUUCUUAAAUUAUUGUGGCCUAACUUAAUUCCUUGCAUUUAAAAUUAAACAUAAUCAUUGAAAUCAUAAUACUGUCCACCUUAAAUUAAAAUUACAAAAUACAAUUUUACACAAUCAAUUCUCAAAUUUUUCUCUGGACAAAAUUCAACUGUGUUACAUUUGACGAUCUUGUUUUCCUUUUUAACUUGUAACUUUUUGAAAUUUUAUAUUUGAACUCUUAAUUUAUAAUUGGGGAAAUUCUAACUUUUGCUGUGGCUCAUUUGCUUUUAAAACAUUUUAUCAUUUCACAAAAUAUAAUUAAUUUUCAUUUACUUUUAAAAUUCACUUUCUUAAUUUUAAUUACAUUCUUGACUUAAAAUUAAAAAUUCACACAUACUAAUUUUCACAUUCUUUCAGGAUAUCUCUUGCUCGUCAAGAAGCUUUUACGGCCUCCCGACAAGACUCUUGCGUCGGUCUUCUCUUCUGGUGGGAUGAGAUGACUCUACUUGGACCUUGGGGUUGCUCGAGGUUGGCAUCCAAGCACACUGGAGCCUUUCUUUGGUUUCCGAUGGAGGGAGCCCAUCGAGUUGCUCGACAGUGGCGGACAUUCACGACAAGCUGGACGAAGGCUAAGAGGCUUUCCUUGGUUGCUGGAGGGUGGCCGUUGGUGAUCGGCAGUGUAGCUCCCACCGUGGAGCCACACACGGAGGUGAUGGUCGCACUCGGAGGCUGAACGGGGCAGACUGACGGUGCUGCUGGAUUGCUCUGCCACAUAUUGGACGUCACCACACUGCUGGUGGUUUGCAUGAGAGUGCUCUGGUGGUUGGGGGCACCAAAGACAGCAUCCUUCAGCUGGCGAAUGUAUCCCAAGAGCUGCUGCUGCUGCUGCAAUUUUUCAUCCUCAGCUGCUUGAGCUUGCUCCUCACGCUCACGCCGGAGCUUGGUUCGCCGCAAGAAGUGCUCUUGAUUUUCUGCAAUUUCCCUCAUGCUGGAAAGGCCAUCAAACGCAUCUUUGGCCUCGGAGUAGCUGGGUGGCUGCUCAAACUCGGACGCCAACGCCUUCUUCAGGUCUUGGAGUGAGAGGGCGUCCAAGUUGAGCUUGCUGGCGAACCGGAACACAUCGCCUUCAGUGUUGCUGACAGCAAGGCGGACAAGCUCUGCAUCUCGGGUGUUUGGAAAUGCGAUUUUCACCCGCUCAACACUGUGGAUGAAGUUCUUCAAGGACAGGCUGCUAUCUGCUUUGUAGAUGCCAAUCAACUGGUAGACAUGGGCUCGAAUGGCGAUGGACUGUGGGUCUUCUGGUUGGACAUCUCUGUUGACCAACUCGGAUGAGGUGAGAGGUUCCAUGGUCAAAUUGGUGAGUACAAUAUUACAAAAUUUCUUAAAUUUAUUCGCUUAUUUAUAAAAAUUGAGCCACAACAAUAAAAUUUAGCAAUGGACCAUUUUAUUUGUUUCUUUGUAAAAAAAAAUUCUCUCAAUUAGAGGAUUAUCACCCAAUCUCUAAUUUAACUUUUCGCGUUUUUAACCCAACUUUGCUGAUUACUUUUAACUUUCAAUUUCCGAGUUCCUUUUUGGCAUGAAGUGCACCUUUGCAAAACGCCCUUAAGGCUGAUAUUUACAAAAAGCACUCUACCCACUUAAAUAAUAGGAUCCAUUACAACUUAAAAGGGAUACCUUAAAUUAACAGCUCUGCGUUUUUCUUGGUCGCGCUCUACAGCAGUGUGCCUGUGUUUUCCCGUGAACAAAUUCGGCAAGUGCUUCUUAAGGCGCUCUCCUUCCGUCAGCCUCUUGUUUCUCGGUGUACCUCGAUCCAGCGGUCGCUUCUUGUCGAUGGCACCAGGCUUGUCACGGUCGGUCUCGGAUCCUCAGAACUUCGGCGAAAACAGGGUACGGGAGAGUACCGUGCUCUCUGGGCUGGCCAGGGUGCGCGGGACGUUCCAAAGGGCAAACGAGCCCCAUUUGGUUGAAUUAAAUUUGGAGAACAACUGGGAGGCCGAAUUCAAAGUUGGCAUUAUUCAAACAGCUAAGAGAGAUGCUACUAAAAUUCUAACGGAGAAAAUGAUUCGUAGAAGAGAGGAAACUGGCACGACAAAGACUUUGAAUUCUAAAGAGAAAAUGAAAAUUGCCAGAGAAGCCGAAGGCCAUGCUGCAACGGUUAAUUUAAACUCCGUCAAACUGAGAUUUGAAGCUGUAGAUGCAAACAACUUGCCAAUUUAUGGCUGCAAUGGAUUGCCUUUGAUUGUGUCUUCACAGCCGAUCCUGAAUAAAAAGUGUGCAGCUAAUGGAGAGCUGAAGAUCAUCAAGGCUAGCUUGACAGCUGGGUCUUGCAGAGGAAACAGCGAGGUGAUGCUGUUUGUCGAUAAGGUUGACAAAAAGAAUAUCAAAGUCAGGUUCUUUGAAGAAGACGAACAUUCUAUGGUCAUUUGGGAGGAUUUCGCCAAAUUUGGUGAGGCUGAUGUCCACCACCAGUAUGGCAUUGUUUUCAACACUCCUCCUUAUCGAGACCAGAGCAUUGACAACGAUGUUGAGGUUCUGUUCGAGCUUGUUCGGCCAAAGGACAAUCAGAGAUCUGAACCUCUAGCAUUUAUUUACCGACCUGCUGAAGAAUGCCCUGGGAAAAAGCGCAAGUUCAACAUUGAUGAAGAGCUCAAUAUUGUGGCACCUAAGACAACCAAUAGCCUCAACCAAUACUUACAGGAGACGUUUCAUCUUCCUGAUACUCCUGCUUCACAAGAUGACCAUGAUCAGGUAUCCAGCACAAACCAAUUUGCAACCGAUCCAUUAUACACCAGGGAUCCUUUUGAAAUGAUAGAUAUUCAAACUAUAGAAAAUUCAUUUGGAAGUAUUGAGGAGUUCAAUAAUCUUUUAAUGGAUCAAGACAGUAUGGCCAUUGCACAGGAUGGAGUCAAGCGGGGUUGGAAUACCAGCAGUAUUGUGAAGAGGUCUCAACCAAAAAGCAUGCAGCAAAAAGUGUGGUCUGCUGUGUUGAAUGGUGAAUUGGACAGUCUGAAAAGCAUUUUGGAGAGUUUCGAACAACGACAAAAAACCACUGCCAAAACUUUGUUGGAGGCUACCGAUGACUCCGGUCGAUCUGCUAUACACAUGGUUGCAGAAAUAGGAAAUGUCGAGAUGCUGCAAGUACUACUGGACCUGGACAUAGAUGCCACUGUCCCUGAGAGGAGUGGAGGGAAAACGCCCCUUCAUCUGGCUGCCCGUGGAGGUCGUGAGGCUGUUGUCAAUUUACUUGUCCAAGAGGCUGCCUCGUCCGUCGACACCCGAGACUGGAAAGGGCAAACAGCCUUGCAUUACGCAGCCUCUGCUGGUUGGUGUUCCAUCUGCGAAACACUCCUUGACGCAGAGUCUGAUGCUGAAACCCCUAAUCUGGAGGGAGAAACGCCCUUGGAGCUGGGAUUGGAGAAGAAUGGCAUAAGGGAGGUCUUUGCCAAGUACGUUGAGAGCCUGGACGAGAAGUUAUCUUUUUUAAAGAUAUCCAACAGUGAUCAAAAGUAAUUUUUAAAAUAGGCCACUUUUCCUGAAAAUUGUGAUUUGCUGAAAUUAAAUUUUCUGGUCUCCUAUAAUAAGUAAAAUGGUUACUUUAGCUGCACACUUGGAAGAAAAUCAUUCUUUGCAGCAUAAUAUUGGGAAAUUGACCUUAUAUUAAAAAACAAUCAAUUUUUUAUGGAAUUUUGUAUCAAAUUAGAUAUAAUAAUUAUCUUUAUCCCGCCAAGACCAGUGCACUCUUGAGCUUGCAGAAGGCAAGCUCCAAUCUUGAUUGUAAUGAACUGUGAAACAAUUUUAGAAAUUUAUGAUCAAAUUUGACGCAAUGUUAAUUUUAAAAAUAAAGGAGCUAGUUGUAUUGAUUAAAGAAGAUUAUUCAUUAGUGUUCAUUAUUCUUUACCAGCUAAAUUGCAGAAAUUAUCAAUCACGUUGGAGUGAAGAUAAUCUUGAGAAAAUGAAAAAAUCCUCUAUUGAAAAAAAACUUAAAUUAUUAUGUAUUGUAUCGAAUAAAAAAUCUACUGGGUAUAAUAGAAAAAGUCGGUAAUUUCAAAUAGUAACAUAAUGCGGUUAUUUCAGGAUUAUCAAAUCAAGAUUUUUACUGUUCAGAUUUUAAUAACCCUAAAAGUGUAUUUUAAUGUCAUGUAGUAUGAUUGUGCAGUUCUAUAUGAAUAUAAAGUAUGUAGUAAAUUAUAUUAAUGAAAUCGGGUCGUCAGAGAAAGCAUGCCAUAUAACAUAGUCUACUGGCGGCGCUCCUGCUGAAACGUUUGCAAGCAACGGAAUAAUUUAAUUUUUUAUUAUACUUUUAGCUGUUGUUAAAACAAUAUUUUUUACAAGAUACGUUUUCCAAAUGGGAUAACAUUCAACAGAGAUUUUAAUUCACGUUUGCAUGCAUUUUCUAUUUUUCCACUGAAGUUGAACAUUGACGAGCACAAAUGGUAACAUAUAAAAAUGAAAAA